AUGGCCACUCUUCCGACCACUUUCGACAAGCCCGUCCAUAUCGCCGUCAUUGGCGGUACGGGACUCGCGCAUCUUGAGGGGUACGAGCCCGUCGCCCUCCUGAACCCGGUCACGCCAUGGGGUUCUCCUGCGUCACCCAUCAGCAUCCUCUCGCACAACGGCGUCAACAUCGCUUUUCUCGCUCGGCACGGCGUGCAUCACCAGUUCGCCCCGCACGAAGUUCCCAAUCGAGCCAACAUUGCUGCCCUCCGACACAUUGGCGUGCGGUGUGUGAUUGCCUUCUCUGCUGUUGGUUCCCUGCAGGAAGAGAUUAAGCCCAUGGACUUCGUCGUUCCAGACCAGGUCAUCGACCGGACCAAGGGUGUGCGGCCCUUCACCUUUUUUGAAGGCGGUGUCGUCGGCCAUGUUGGCUUCGCGGAUCCAUUCGACGCAGGACUCGCUGCCGUGGUCAAGACGUGUGCCGAGCACAUGGAUGGAGAGGGUGUCGUUCUUCAUGACAAAGGAACCGUCAUCUGCAUGGAGGGGCCCCAAUUCUCGACGCGCGCCGAGUCCCACAUGUAUCGAUCCUGGGGCGGCUCCGUCAUUAACAUGUCGACCCUCCCCGAGGCCAAGCUCGCGCGCGAGGCUGAGAUGGCGUAUCAGGUCAUUGCCAUGGCCACUGAUUACGACUGCUGGCACUCGUUCGAGGAUGUCAAUGUCGAAAUGGUCGGCAAGUAUAUGCAGGCCAACAGCAAGAACGCCAAGCGCCUCGUCGCCGGUGUGCUGGACCAGCUCGCGCGGCUGGACAACAGCGACCUGGUCAUGGCGAAGCACUGGGCUGGCGCAAGUCAGGGAGCCGUCAAGUUCAUGACCAAGCCGGAGGGACGGGACCCCGAGGCUAUGAAGAGAGUCGAAUACCUCUUCCCCGGGUUCUGGGAGUCUUAA